AUCAUCACGAACCCCCCAAGGCCCGGAACAAGUGACCUGCGCUGCACCGACGACUUGAAAUCUAUCGAUUGAGAUCCUCGUUAGUGAACGAAUUCUUCUCCGCCUGAAUCUGAGGUUCAGCAGCCGCCGUCAUGUUCAGGAACAACUACGACAACGACUCGGUCACAUUCUCCCCGCAAGGGCGGAUAUUCCAGGUCGAGUAUGCGGCCGAGGCAGUCAAACAGGGCUCAGUGGUGGUGGGCAUCGCAAGCAAGACACAUGCGGUGCUGGUAGCAAUCAAGCGCAACGCCGAAGAACUCUCGUCCUACCAAAAGAAACUGUUCCCCAUCGACGAGCACGUCGGCAUCGCCAUCGCGGGGCUCACGUCGGACGCGCGGGUCCUCUCCAACUUCAUGAAGCAGCAGUGCCUGGGCCACCGGCUGACUUACGGGCGCAACAUACCGGUGCGGACGCUGGUGGAGAUGAUCGGGUCCAAGGCGCAGAUCAACACGCAGCACUACGGCAAGCGGCCGUACGGCGUCGGCCUGCUGGUGGCCGGCGUCGACGACCACGGCCCGCACCUGUUCGAGUUCCAGCCGAGCGGCAUGACCGAGGAGAUGAUCGCCUUCGCGAUCGGCGCCCGCUCGCAGAUGGCGCGCACCUACCUGGAGAAGAACGUCGCCAAGUUCGCCGACUGCGACCGCGAGGAGCUGAUCCGCCACGGCCUGCGCGCGCUCAAGGAGAGUCUGGUGCAGGACCGCGAGCUGACGGUGGACAACACGAGCGUGGGUGUCGCGGGCUCCGUCAAGGCCGACGACGGCAGCGUCAAGGUGGAGCCGUUUAAGGUCUAUGACGGCCAAGACGUGGCGGCCUGGAUAGAGAGCGUGGCGGAUGACAAGGAGGGCGGUGCCAGCGCGGGCGAGGGUGAAGGUGAAGGCAUGGAAGUCGAUUCAUAGGCGCGCGCUCCUGUGGUGGCAGGAAUAUGUUGGCUCUGCUGGGAGGUCUGCUGCCACCGCGCCGAAACAAUGUACAACAAACUAGAAUCGUGCCACGAAGAACGAUUAGGCUCAUGGCAGCAUGUUUGCUGGAGCCAUGGUUGAGCCGUCAUGGCAGAUGGUAUUUGGGGUUGAUGCAUGAACGCAUGGCAUCCUUGUUUUUUUUUCUUUUUCCUUUUGGCCCGCUCUAUCCGUGACCGAAAACAACGGGUAUCGUCUAGUCUAUUCCUUGCCCCAAGACAACUUGAAUACCGCCUCCGAGACCUUGUAUUCCCUCAGCGCUUUGAUGGCUUCGUCGGCUGUUUUGGCCUCGACCAAGAUCCACUUGUUGGCCUCAUGUAUGAAGCCUUCCUCGACGCUCUUAUUGAUCCACGACAGGAUCCCGUCGUAGAAGCCAUUGAUGUUCAGCACGCAGAUUCCCUUGUCGUGAAUGCCCAACUGGUUCCAUGUCGCCGUCUCGAACAGCUCCUCGAUGGUGCCGUACCCGCCGCUCAACGCGAUGAAGCCGCUGCCUGGCCCGCCUUCGAGCACCUCCUGCGCCAUCAUGCGCUUGCGCGUGUGCAUGUCCUUGACGAUGGUCGUACGCCCGAACACCGACUCCUCGGGCACCGCCAGGUGCGUACCGGUCUCCCCGUUUAGCUGCUUCGACGUGUACGUCGGGUCCCUCUCGUACCGCACGAGCGCCUCGGGGAUGAUGCCGUGCACCGCGUCCGGCCCCGACAGAGCUACGAGCGUCUUGGCGACUUC